ACGCAAGAAAGGGGAACCAUUAGUCAUUCUCAAAAGGAGAUCUAUUUGGUUUCAACUACCAUACUGGAAAGAUUUAUUGUUGAGACAUAAUUUUGACAUCAUGCACAUAGGGAAAAAUGUGAGUGAAAGCUUACUUAAUACAUUCCUGGGCACAGAUGGGAAAUCAAAGGAUAACUUGAAUUCUCGGUUGGACCUUCAGGCCCUAGGUAUUAGAAGUGAUCUUCACCCUAUUGAAGUAGAAGACCAACUUUAUUUAUCACCAGCACCUUACUCAAUGAGUCCUGCCGAGAGGAAAUUAUUUUGCCAAGUACUAAAAGGGGUGAAGUUUCCUGAUGGUUAUGCAGCUGAUAUACGACAUAAUGUACAUGUCAAUGAGAGGAAAAUAAUUGGACUUAAGAGUCAUGAGUGCCACAUUAUUCUACAACACUUGCUGCCACUUGCUGUUAGAAAAAUAUUGCCUACAAUAGUCAGUGCUGGAGUGAUCCGUAUAUCUAAUUUUUUCAAGAAACUUUCUGCACCAGUCAUUCGAAUAAGUGACAUGAAAAGUCUUGAGGCUGAUAUAGCUGAAACUCUGAGCUUUCUUGAGACUAUAUUCCUGCCUUCUUUUUUUGAUAUUAUGGUACACUUGAUGGUACAUCUUCCCGCUCAAGCAAAAAUAGCAGGUCCAGCCCAUUUUCGAAGCAUGUGGCCGAUAGAGAGGUAUCUAAUGAGAUUGAAGGGUUCUGUUCAUACAAAAAGUCAUUGUGAAGGAUCAAUCAUGGAGUGGUCUAUGUUUACUGAAUGCCUUACAUUUUGUGCUCGCUAUUUACAUGGCGAGUCUCAAUUGAACCAUCUAGAUGCAAAUGAUGAAGAUUGUGAAAAAUUAUCAGAUGAGCCUUUCAUUCUAGCAUCACAAGCGGUCCAAGUAUACUAUGUUCCUGAUCCAAUUGAUAUUGAGUGGGCUGCUGUUGUUCAAUCUAAAGCAAGAGAUGUGUAUGACCUAGAUAAUUUGGAGAACGAGCACAUAGAUAAUGAUAAUCAGUUUUUUGCCCCACUAGUUGAUCUAAAUGGUAAUGUGACUAUUGAUAUUGUUAAUGGGAUUGUCCCUGCUGUUAGAAGAGACAAAGAUGGUUACCUAGUUGAUCCUAAAACAUCUAAAACAAAAUCUACAAAGUAA